GAUAAUAGGAAAUGGCUUCCCUACUACAAAUACGCAUUUAGUUGGAACAACGCCAACUGGUUCAUUGCCAGGAUUGCAGGGUGGUGUUGCAGGUGGUCCUGAAUUGACGCAUAUGGGCGGGGCACUUCCACCUAUAACAGUAGCACCCGGAGGGCCAGGAGGCGUUCUCCUGAUUCCACAACAGCCUGGAGGAACAUUGAAGCCAGGACGUGGGCCUGGUGGGAGAGUCCAGGGAAUACGAUGUAGAAGUAUUGCUCCAAAGCAGAGGUGUGGAACAUACGCUACGAGAUGGUACUAUGACAGCGGUAUUGACGAAUGCGUCCGUCACUACGUUGGAGGCUGCAAGUUUCCUCCUGGCUAUCUACUGUGCACCCGUUGCACAGUAUCGUGUAUGGGUCUCAGGAAUGCCACACAAAUUAGGGCUUUUUGCAAGAAUCCACACCGUAUUAAGAAUUCCAAACAGGAAUGAAGCGGUAUGAGCCUUUGGACAGAAGAUGAAGAAGCGCGAGGGCCGG